AUGGAGGACGGGAAGUACGUAAAACUUCGAAAACCGCGAUACGAGGACGAAGAUACGUCGCCAACAACAUCACGCGAGUUGAAGGGCUUUUAUGUGUAUAGUCUUGCCGCCGAGGUAUUCGCUGUUUGCGGUGUUGGAUCUUUUCUUCCAGUGACUCUGGAGCAGCUGGCACGCGAGAAUGGAGUCUUGUGGUCAGAUCAGACCACCCCGUGUGUGGCCAAAACUUCGACGAGGGUGGCGGCAAGGGUUGUGGCAGCAAGAGCCGCGGCCUCUGAUACCACUCAAUGUGUUAUCCCAGCCCUGGGAAACAUGACCACUUCGUCGUUCGCCCUCUACACUUUCUCCAUAGCCGUUUUCGUCCAAGCCUUGGCUCUGGUGUCUUUCAGUGCCGUCGCAGACCAUGGGCUUUACCGAAAGAAGUUCCUGACAGCUUUCGGCUUCUGUGGAUCCAUCUCGUCCAUGCUUUUCAUUGCCGUGGUCCCUCAAGCUUUUCUACUGGCCCCGUUGUUGGUGGUCAUUGGAGUGACAUGCCUCGGAUCGUCCUUCGUGAUCCUCAACUCCUUUCUCCCACUUCUUGUAGCGAACCACCCUCAAGUCGCAAGCGAUGAUCUUGCUGAGAAGGAUAGAUCCUCUAUACCACCGAGGGUGCAUUCGCUGGACUCGGGAGACAGGUUCUCUAUUGAUAGAUCUCUCGAUCUGACUCGACAGGCUGCGAACGAUGAGAAGGACUCGGUUGCGCUGAAACUCUCGACACAGAUUUCAUCAACGGGAGUCGGAAUAGGCUAUGCGGCAGCUGUAUUCGUGCAGAUCCUCAGCAUCCUGCUCCUCUUUGGCAUGUCGAAGCUCUCCUCCGUAUCUUCAACCCUGCCUCUCCGCCUUGUCCUGCUUCUGGUUGGCACGUGGUGGCUCUUGUUCACCAUCCCAUCUUCAAUGUGGCUUCGUGAUCGACCGGGACCUCCGCUGAAGAAAAUCUCCGACGGAAACGUCCUGAGGUCUUGCUUCGCAUACACGUUGUUCGCCUGGGGAUCUGUGUGGAAGACUGUCAAAAUCGCGGUCAAGCUACGGCAAAUGGUGAUCUUCCUAAUUGCCUGGUUCCUGCUCAUCGCCAUCGCGCUGCUGUCAAUCACCGCCACGGCUUCUGGCAUUGCCGGCGCCACCCUCUGGCCACUGAUCUCGCGCCGACUUGAACUCAAAACAAAUCGCACGAUCGUUGCGUGUAUCUUGGCCAUGGAACUGAUCCCGCUCUACGGUCUGCUGGGCUACGUUCCGCUCGUGAAAUCCUGGGGCGUGGGCGGGCUGCAACAAGCCUGGGAGAUCUACCCGCUGGGUUUCAUCCACGGCUUCGUAAUGGGCGGCCUCUCAUCCUACUGCCGCUCCCUCUUCGGCCAACUAAUCCCCCCGGGAAACGAAGCCGCCUUCUACGCCCUGUACGCCAUAACCGACAAAGGCAGCUCCGCCCUCGGCCCCGCCCUCGUCGGCCUCAUCGUCGACGCAACCGGCUCCAUCAGACCCGCCUUCGCCUUCCUCGCCAUCCUCAUCCUGCUGCCGCUCCCUCUGAUGAUGGCCGUCGACGCCGAGCGGGGACGCGCCGACGCCGCCGUUCUGAGGAGGAGGAGGAAGAAGGCUAGGCGGGGUAUCGAUGCGGAUGAGUGCUUGGAGAGCCGGGCUGCUGGCACUCCUGUGCUUGAGGAGGAAGCGGAGGGCUUGAUGCGCGAUCAUGAGUACAAUGAUGCGGAGACGCCGACCUCCACUGUUGGCGACGACCUUGGUGAUAAAGGACACGAGGAUGCCACCACGCCCCAGGAAGUCUUCUCCAAGAUUCGGCGCGAACUCAGGGUAGUCUUACGCACCCUCCACCGUCAGCCGUCAGCAUCACCUGCACGGCUUGGAUGA